UAUGCUGCUAUCAACUGGGUCGAUCAUCUUAGAAUGGCCAAGCGAACAACGCCGGCUGCACAUACCGUCGGCGAUCAUCAAAUCCUUUCAUCUUUUCCAGGACAAGCUUCUCGAAUGGAUCGAAUGCCUUGUUUGGCUAGGGAAAGCGUCCGAAAUUCUGCAGACGCUGGAGCUCAUAGAUCAAAUGGCGCAGGAACCUGAAUUAUCGCUUUUCGCGCGGGAUGCAAUGAUAUUUUAUUCAAGGCACCGGAAAACAAUACAGGCACACCCUCUCCAGGUCUACACCUCUGCAAUGGUGUGGGGCUGGAAGUCAAGCCUGGUGAGACUUGCGAAUCUCGAAAAGGUCCUUCCGUGGCUUGUUGUAUCACCUAGAGGGGACGAAUGCCAGCCUCAUUUCAUUCGGAAAUUCCCGUUGGUCCCGCUCGCCCCUGAACAUUCCAGUAACAGAAGGCUGGAUAAGAUGUGGAAAAAAGAUAAGAUAGCAUUCUCACAGAAUGGCGAACGCCUAGUGUGGGCACGGCCCUGUGGCGACGACAUUUUCAUCCAAGACGUGCGGUCGGGCGAAAUAUAUGACAGUUAUUCCAAAGGAUGGAUAACAAAGAUCGCCGUUGAUGCACGUGGAGACAAAGUUGUGUGGAGUCAUCCCGACCGCGUUUCAUUGUGGACAGUAGGAUCACGGGGGAAAAGUUUACAGAAAAUCGGCCGCCACUCCGACGCGAUACUUGGAGUGGCAUGCUCGUCGGACGGAGAAACUGUGAUGUCUAUGUCUCAGAAGGAGAUAAAGAUCUGGAGCAGCACGGCAAAACCAGGAGAGAACCUUCUUUCCACUAUAAGUAUGCCAGAACAUGUAGGUUAUUCAAGGAAUGUCUACAUCCUUUCGCCAGACGGUCAACAUUUCGCAAUAUUGGGGGUUUCAGACAAGCAGCCGACUCUGAGUUUGGCAGAAGUCAAAAUCUGGAUAUAUGCAAUGGACAAAACAGAUCCAAUCGAGGACGACAAAUUCCAGUUGCCAGUCUCUGGUCUCGACGCUCUCGCGGAUGCUUAUUUUGUGCCCAACAAAAAGUUCGUGCUUGGCUCCGAAGCAUGGGAUCUAGAACCCUGCCCCUGGGGAUCCCUGCCCGUUGACCCAUUCCAUCUCUACGAUUGGGCUACGGACCUGGUUUUCUCGCCCGGUGGCAGGAGAGUGGCAACGAUUACGAACCGGCAGGUUUACCUAUGGGAAGCCCCCGCCACCCGGACAGAUGAUAGUCCCCAUAUCACCACCAUUGUGCUAUCACCGGAUGGCAAACGCACAGCAUUGAUAAAGCGGACUGUUGACUACUUUUUCUGUUAUUUACUGACUGAUGCCACUGGCCAUAUGCAAGAGUUGACCGAGGGCGUCAGAAAAGUGUAUUUUUCGCCGGAUGGAAUGCGUGUGGCAACCGUAAAGCCUGAAGACGACACUCCAAGCAGCUACUACAUGGUGGAGGUAUGGGAUACGGCCACGGGCGAGCGUGAGUGUUCAAUAAGGAUUGAAGGCUAUGUCGCAAACCUGGCCUUCUCGCCUGACAGGAAAUUGGUUGCGUUCAGUCACGGGGCGAAUAUAUCUUUGUACUACGCAAACAACGGCACUUUCUUUAGGCAAUAUUUGGACACAAGGGAUGAAGAUCCUCUGGGGUUUUCGCCGGAUAGCCUGCGACUAAUAUCUUGCGACGAACAUUAUACUGGAGGAUCGACUGAUGUCAACGAACGACACGUGUACGAUCAUUGGGAGGGUGAUUACUCGCCUGACGUGGGAACUCUGCAUUGCUCGCAGGAUGAGGUAGAUGGUAGUAUUCCAGUUUACUCCUCCGACGGGAAACAUAUCGUUUUCCACAACCCUCGACAUGUAUACAAGCUCCGGCAUGUCCUAGACAUCGAAGCCAAAUCCUCCAGGACAGAAGCAAAACAAGGGCUAUAUGUGGAUGAAAACUCAAUAACAUCGAUGGGGGCCCCACAGGCGGACGGGUGGUUAUGUUAUGGGGAUAAACGGAUUCUGAAACUCGGAAACGGCGCCCGCGACCUUUGGCAAUUCGUCAUCGAAGGUAACCGAUUCGCCAUGACGUUUAGAGAUUCUGAAAACGUCCUUCACGGUUAUUUCGACCCUGACAAGUUUCACAAAGAGUUGGAAGGAGAAGAGCAUAGCGGGUUUUCGCGACCGAGACGUACCGGGCCUUGA